UGGUUACUUUGAAUCGCAAGAACAAUCGUUCAAGAGACGCUUCAUUGAAAGAAAUGCAGAUAUUCCUCAUGGGCUGCUCCGGAGCGCAAGGCGGACGGGCGGCGUGGGGCGGAGCGGAUGCGCAUUCGGGGGAUCGGCGAUCCGGGGCCGCUCUCCGUGAGUCCUGCGGGAGGGCGAUGGAGGAGGCAGCGGACGGCGCUCCCUCCUCCGCGCCAGAGGACGGCCACCUGGCGACCUGGCGCUGGGGCAGGAACGCCAAAGAGCAGGUCCAGCUCAAACAGAAGAUCCGAGACCUGCCCGCCCUCCUCAAACACGGGCUGCAUCUGCGGAGGAAAAGUCAGUCCCCUGACACCAUCCCUGGGCCCAGCGUGGGAUUCACCAGACAUAAGGCCUGCUCCCAGAGCUUUCCCUGUGCAGGCCGCGCUCUCAGGAACGCCUUCCUAUCCCACGGCCCAUAUCCCGGCAAGGAGAGGAUACACCUAGCCCGCAUUAUCAGGAGAACCUAUGAGGGUCUGGAGCUGGUGCAAUGGCUGCUGGAGCAGUGUCUGUUCAUCCAGUGCAGGACGAUGGCAGUGCGUGUCUGGCAGAUCCUGCUGGAGCUGGGCAUCCUGCUAUCGGUGGACCAGCAGGUCGUCUUCGAGGACUCUGACACCUACUACCGGUUCUCCUUCGAGGAGUGUGAGAUGGAGACCUGUGGCUUCCGCCGGGAGGACGAGUGGCAGAAUGGCGUCCGUCUCCUGCUCCAGUUGGCCCCCUACGUCCAGUUCCGGGUUGGCGUCAUCAGCCCGCCGGAAGAGGAGAACGAGGAGAAGCGGGACAUCUGCAGUGAGAUCCUCCAGAUGAAGGCUCUGGAGCGCCUCACUUCGACGGUACAUAAUGAGCUGGCAGUGGCCCUGGCGAGGAAAGCGAGGAAAGCAAUCACUGAUGAUGACCAUUCCGAGCCAACAGAGGGCGCCGUGGAGGAAACCCCAGUUCCAGCUGCAGACAAGCAGGGGGGCGUGUGCACCCUGCAUGACAAGGACGAGCUGUCCCGCCUGGAGAUGGUCCAGAGGCUGGCCAAGGACGGGUGCCGCUUCCUGCAGAAGGUUCCGGAGCGGGCUGAGCCCCACAGUCAGGAGGCUGUACGCGUCUAUCUGAAGGAGCGUGGACAAGAUGUGUUGGUGCUCCAGCGGGUGUCGUCGGAGCAGCUGCUCCCCCCAGCAGCAGUGGGGGGGCGGGAAGAGGACAAGGACAGGCGGUACGUGGUGGUGUCCGGCACACCGCAGAAGAUUCUGGAACACCUGCUAAGCGAUCUGCGGCUGGAUGAGAACCAGGGGGCAACACCGGGCAAGGAGGCGGAGAUGCUCCUGGACGAUUUCCUGCUGACCUACCUUGUAUUCAUGUCCACCAGUGACCUGUGUCAAGCCUUGCUGGGACACUACUGCACCAAGAGAUGCCGGGGGAAGGAGGAGGGCAAGGAAGCCCUGUACCGCAAACGCAAGGUGCUACACCUGGUGUCGCAGUGGACCGCCCUGUACAGGGACUUCUUGCGUGAAGAGGAGAACGUCAAGCUCUUCAUGAAGACCCUGUACCGAUACGUGUUGGAUGAUCUGUACGAAUAUCCCACCCUGGAGAAGGACCUGAAGGAGUUUCAGAAACUGUUACGCAUGCACCGCAGACACACUGUGGAAGAGUACUCGCCUCGCAGAAAGAACAAGGUCCUUUUCCACCAAUUGAGCCUGAAGGAGAACGGUCUUCAGCUCAGAGGCGUGUACAGCGACACCAGGGAAGUUCUGUGCCGUGUUCACGUGACUCCGGACUCGUACCUGAGCGUGAGGGCGAAGACUACGGUGGUGGCCCAGGACCUGCUCCGCGUUGUGGCUGAGAAGAUGGAGCAGGCAGAAGAGGAGCUGGCCCUGGCGGCCGUCCGCUACACUGGCGAGAAGCUCGUCCUUCAGCCCCAUGACAGCAUCUGCUCAGAGUCCCUGGCGUUACCUGAGAGACUGCUAGCAUACCGGAAGGACACGGGGGACAUAAUGAAGCCACUGAUGGACGGUGCCGAACUGGGACACCGAGCUGCUCGACUCCUCAGCCUGAACACGUGGGAUGUGGCUGUCGCCCUCACCAGCUUUGACUGGAGUCUCUUCAGCUCCAUCCACGAGCAAGAGCUGAUCUACCACACGUUCACCCGGUCAGCCAGUGGGGGGCGCACCGUAGCGCUGGAGCUCCUCCUGCAGCGCUGCAACGAGGUGCAGCUGUGGGUGACCACAGAGGUGCUGCUGUGCGCCAGUGGCCAACGCGUCCAGCUGUUCAAGAAGUUCAUCAAGAUCGCUGCCCACUGUAAAUCCCAGCGAAACCUGAACUCCUCGUUUGCCAUCAUCAUGGGCCUGACGACGGCAGCAGUGAGCCGGCUGAGCCAGACGUGGGAGAAAGUUCCAGGCAAAUUCAGGAAGCUGUUCUCAGAGCUGGAGCUGCUGACAGACCCGUCCCUGAAUCACAAGGCCUACAGGGACGCGUUCAAGAAGAUGAAGCCCCCGAAAAUUCCCUUUAUGCCUCUGCUGCUGAAGGACAUCACCUUUAUUCACGAGGGCAACAAAACGUUCCUGGACAACCUGGUGAACUUUGAGAAGCUGCAUAUGAUUGCAGACACCAUUCGGUUGAUGCGCCACUGCCAAUCAGAUCCCAUGGGCAAUGAGAUGACCCAGAAAGAUAGUCCAGAGGUGCGGGCUUGCGUCCACUACCUCCACGUCAUUGACAAUCAGCAGAUCCUGUUUGAACUGUCUCACCGACUGGAGCCUCGGGCUUAAGCCACAAAGACUGAGAGUGUGCACGUCACACGCCAAGCACUUUGAGAUGGGGGGGGGGGGUGGGGGGGGGCUUGGCCUGUAUCGGGGCAACAAAAUAGGCACAGACGUCCAUGCUUGGAACAUCCCGAAACGCAAACUACAGCCAAGCUGUUUCUGAUGAGUCUGUACGCAUUUCUAUGCUCAACCACCAGGGGGAGACAGACACUCAGCUGCGGAAUACCAAGGCAGAAGCCAAACAAGAAGCAAAUGGCACCUAGUGGCUGAACGGCAGGACUUCAAACCCAGUGGGUGAGGGGGUGUUCGUUUCUCCAUCUGUAGAUUUUGAACACGCGAACUGGUAAAUACACGCAAAUCUAAUACGUGUAGCUGUGGACAGAGAAGGGCAGGACACUAGCGUCCAGGGAUAUGCAACCAUGAAGUUCGCUAGUUGACUUUGAGCAGAUUUAAAAGCCACAUUUGGGAGUUUUCAGUAUGGAGAAGAGUUCAGCCAGAGUAGUUAGAAAACAGAUAGUGUUGACAUAUUCUACAAGUGACCAGAAAUAACAGUAUUGAAUUCAGAGUAAUUUCAAAACUAAAGUGUGUGUGUGUGUGUGUGUGUGUGUGUGUGUGUGUGUGUGUGUGUGUGUGUGUGUGUGUGUGUGUGUGUGUGUGUGUGUCUUCUGGGGAAAAAGUAUUGUGAAACCACAAUAAUUCUACUUGUCCUGCAGUGUUUUUGCAGGCCCACGUUUCUUGAUUCCACACCUUUUAUGUACUUUUACUCAAACAAUUUGGUUUGGGGGAUGAUCUGGCAUCUCCCUGCAACCCAGUCAAAGCUCCAUAUUCUUAAUUAGCAGAAUAUAUUUUAGAGGUAUGUAUGCGUUUCAGAAGCCAAUAACAUAUUUCUAAUGUGGUGCCAAACCAUUAACGAAGACAAUGCAAUUUAAGUAGAAUAACAUUUUUACAGUGUUGAGCCUUAUCUUUAAUAAUCAAAUCUCAGUACAGCCAUUUCACGAGCUGCUGCAUUUCUGCAAGGCCCCGGUCGUGGCGCGUGUAGGUGCAGACCGCGGGCGAUCUAUCGUCACGACGAAGUCUAUACAUGCCCAGCUUGCGAUUUCGCCUCCAAAAGCAGUUUUAUAGGCAUCACAUGGCCGUUUCCUUCGUCUAUCUUUUGAACACUGUACACAGUUAAAACUCUCAUUGCGACUUUGACGAAACUGCGUUAACAUGUAGCGUCCUCUGAACGGUGAGAAUCCUGCUCUCCGCUCCCGAACAUUUGCUAUGAUACAUAUAUGCCAGGAACGGACUCUGGUUUGGGGGGGGGGGGGGGGGGGGGGGGAAAGAAAACAACGUUUAUACUCUUUGCAGCUCUACUAUCAUGUUCUUUGUGUAAUAGUGGAUAUAUGUUUUAGAUUUCCACUAUGUGGUUUUCAUGGUAUCUGUAACCUGUUUACACACAACGCGUGUAGAUUUUCUGUGAAGAUGUUGUGAAUAUUUUCCUGUGAGGCAUUAAUAUUAUUUAUUGGGGGGGGGGGGGGGGUAUUUGAAUGGGGGGUAAUAAAGAGGAAUCCCUGGACCGUGCGAGGUUUGUUAUUCACUGUACAGGGAUUACGGCAGCCAGAACAAGUAUGACUGAGAAAAUCUGCAACCCACGCGCUCCGGUUUUCUGUAGUAGUACAAUUUUGUAAAAAAACUGAUUUGCUGUAUAUCCCUAUAAUUCACUUUCAUGGAGACGUUUCUCUGGGAAUUAUCGAUGGCAGGACAGCGGUUUCGAGAAGGCUGUCGUUGACGCAUCAAAAUAGACGGAAAAUUAAAAUAAUUCGUUGUGGGCUGUAGUUUUUCCCAGCAAUUAUUGUUCUGUAUUUAUUUAUUUUUCAAGAUGCUACUAAACUGGUCUGCAUGGAGUUUCUUAAACCACACAUCGACCAAUUCACCUUGUGGGAACAGAAGCCUUUGUAAUAAUCUGUAAAAAUGCAAACUGUGUGAAUUAUUUAUAUGUAAAAAAAAUUAUAAAGCAAUACAUUUUCAGCAUGUCCGUCCCUCACGCCGCUUCCAAACCAUGCCUAUUUUCUAAUUAUAUGCAUUUUUACAGUGAUUUGAAAGUUUAUUGAAAAAUAAAACGUUUUAUGUUACAAA